GAACCUCUUCGAGGAGUGCGCCCUCAGGUUCGUGGCCGACCUGGGGGGCACCGCGGAGAGGAGGAGCUUCCUGGGCGGCAGGGCGGUGGUGGAGCAGGGCGGCCCGGAGCGGGCCCUGUGGGCGCUGGAGCAGGGCCGCUGCUCGGUGGAGAAGCUGGGCACGCGGCUGCCGGGCGAGCUGAGCGCGGGGGCGUGCUUCGGGGAGCGUGCGCUGCUCGGCCUCGCGCACGUGGCCGAGCUCACGGUGCGCGCCAGCUCCCCGGUGGCGCUGCUGCUGUCGCUGCCGAGGGCCGGCCUCAACGCGUGCCUGGAGCAGCACAUGGAGGAGCGGCCCCACAUCGACGCCCUGAGGCGGGCCCUCGGCCGCCCCCGCACGUCGGGGCCCGCGGCGGCGGGCUCCGCGGCGGACCUGCAGCAGGAGCACGGCGCCCGCAGGCGGCGGCUGCGCGCGGUGGAGCUGUUCAGCCCGUGCGGGAGCCAGUUCCUGCAGGCCCUGGAGGCGGAGCUCGAGACGCCCCUGUUCAUGCCCGCGCAGUCCAUCUCGGAGGAGGGGAGCCGCGACGCGGACGCGCGCAUGUUCCUGCUCAUGGGCGGCAUGGUGGUGGCGGAGAGCUCCGGCAGGCACGUGGCGCGGAUGAUGCCCGGUGCGACCUUCGGGGAGCUGGCGAUGCUCGGCGUCACGCAGAGGCGCUGCACCUCCGUGCGGGCCGUGACUUUUGCGCUGGCCCUGGCGCUGCGCCGCUCGGCGUUUUUCCGCGCGCUGCAGCAGCACCCCCUGGAGGAGCAGCACUUCAACGAGGUGCUGGCCGCCUCCCAGCAGGACUUCGUGGUGUGGCCCUGCCUCCAGGACGUGGCCCCCGCGGUCCUGCAGGCCCUGGACAUGCAGUCGGAGACGCGCAAGCUUGCCGCACAGGACGACGCCCUGUCGUCGGCGCCCGCCAGCGAGUGCGCGGUCCUCGUCCUCGGCGGGGAGGUGUCCGUGCGGGACAGCCGCGGGCGCGAGGUGGACGUGCUCUUCAAGGGCGGCUGCUUCAACGAGCAGGUGCUCCACGGGGAGGCGCGGCGCGCCGAGGUGGUCCUGGUGCCCAGGACCAGCUGCGACGUGCGCCUGCUGUCGCCAUGGGCCUGGGACAAGGUGAUGGAGG